AGGCUAUGGCGACUAUCUGGCGAACAGCUGACGGCACUGGCGAAUCAUCUGGCGAUACUCUCGGCCCUUCUCAGCCUCGUCAGCCGUUCGCUCGAGCCCGACUACAAGAGUUUGUCGCUUCCAGCUCCGGUGUUGGCUCAUCGGCAACUGUCUCGAGCGGCCUGCUCG